CCCCCAUCCGCUCUGCUCCCACCCAGCUGCACCCUGACCUUCCAUGGCCCCACCCUUGGCGCGCGUGGCGGCGGUGCUGGGCACGCUGGUGGAGGGCGCCAAAGUCGAGUACUGGCAGAACUGUGCCGCCCGAGGGCUCUGUGAUACGCUUUUCCACCUGCGCACGGAUGCAGCAGUCCAUCAGGCACCUGCAGGUGCACCGAAAGGCCAUUGGAAACCCUUGGGCCAUCCGGACUUUCUGGAGACCUGGGAUGGCGAGGUGGAUCGCUUCGACGUCGCUCCGACCCCGGAGCUCUUUUGGACCAAGUACCAUGCGGAGCGAAGGCCUUUUAUUGUGAAGGGCGCCGUGCUGGAUUCCCCUGCCAUCAACUGGACUGAUCAGUACAUCAUGGAGCACUUCGGCGAUGAGGUGGCGAAGGUGGAAUGGCGGAAUGAAGAUCGCCUCACAGACUACUGCGGGCAGAGCAUCAAGGGGAAAUUCAUCCAUUGUCCCAAGGAUACGAUCCCCUACGUGGAGUCCAGAACGAGCAUUCGGAACUUCAUCCGGCAGAGUUCGAAGGACCCGAACUGGGCGAAGUACAUCAUCUCCCAGAUGCCCGACGCCAUGGGCAAGGACUGGAAAGUUCCUGGGUUCUUCAAUUGCGGCAAGCGCUUCGAGGGUGACAAGAUGAGAGGGAAGCCCUGGAUGACUCAGAUGUAUGAGAACAACUUCUGGUAUCUUCGUGUACCUCCACAGAAGAUGGGCACCUCCACGAUCCAUUACGACAUGAAUCAUCAAGUGAUGUGCAUGUUUGCCGGGAAGAAGGAGUGGAUCAUGUGGGACCUGCGGCACGAAGCUUCCAAGAUCCCCAUGUGGAACGAGUACUUCCGACCCAACGGCAGGCCACAAGGCUCCGACGACUCGCCCAUCGACGGGGAACGUGUCGAUCUGAAACGCUGGCCGCAGUUUGCGAAGGCGCACUGGAGGAACACGACCAUCGAAAAGGGUGAUUGCCUCUAUUUACCUGCGCACUUGUUACACUACGUCAGAUCGUGGAGUGACGAUGCAGAUGACCCACGGAUUAUCGCCCUGAUGACCAUGUUCCAGAGCGAAGUGCGCUAUGAGCCCAGCAACUGCAUCGAUGCACCGGAGAAGGUCUUUCUGAGCGAGUACGACGUCCUGUGGGGCGAAUUCCCUGGAAGUUUGGAGGUGCCGCGGUGCAUGAACCACGUGAAGAUGGGCUACCCCAACUGGAAGCGGACCUUGGCCUCGAUGGCCAAAAAGGAAGUGAGCGUCAAGAGCUUUACAAAGUUCUGGGGCCGUGAAGGCUAUCCAUCCAAGCUCAUCAAGGCAGCCUGGAAGCGCUUCCAGCAGGAACAGCAGGGCUUUCCAGCGACGAUGACCUGGGCCGAGAAGGUCUUUAAUAGCACGGCUUUGGCCAAUCUGGCGAAGGAUGUCGCCUGCGCCGGAGAGGGACACGACCAGCCGGAGCGGAAGCUGCGGGAUGGUGAGUCCUGGGAUGCGAGGAAUGAGUAUUCCUUGGCUGGAGAGUACAAAGGCUACACAGAUGAGAAGCAUCAAGAUCUGUGAGCCUUUGGCGAUUCGCCCAGAGAGGGAACCAAAAGGACGAGAGCUUCACACCGCGUCGGAC